UGUGCUUACGAACAUGGUCAAAAAAAUUAAUAUUCUAUUAGCUAUAUUUGUUAUGAUAAAUUGUAUUGGAUGUAUAUACGCUGAACAAGAUUCAAAAGUAUAUGAUGAUCCAGAAGAUAAUCUCGAGAAUUGCAAAAACAUUGGUGUCAGUAAUGGUAAGUUAAUAUAUUAUUUUACUUUACAACAUACUUUGAGAAUAACUCACCACCCACCCACAUGUGUUUCCUUGUCUUACGAACGUAAUGCCAGAAAAUUUCAGUCUAUUCGACCUAAUUAUUUAUUGUUUAUUUUAAUUGACUCAUCAUUAAACAUCGUGAUCGGAAUAUUGUCCAUUAUCUAGGUAUAAUGAU